GCAGACGUCCCUGAGCCCGUGCAGUGGCCCACAUUCGAUCGACUCUUCCAUGAAGAGUACAUUCCAGAGCACUUCGUCGAGGCGAAGCGAGAGGAGUUCUUGAAAUUCACCCAGGGCAAACUCACACUACCUGAGUAUCGCCAAAAGUUUGACGAGCUCGCAUGAUUUGGGCAAGACCUUGUCCCAACCAUGGAGAAGCGGUGCAAGCGCUUCGUGGAGGGUUUACGCCCCGACUUAUCAGCCCAUCUGAUCACUGCUCCUCGGGUUGACAUCAAUGCACUGUUCAAGCAUGCGUUGGACAUGAAUGCAGCCCUCAUCAAGAAGGCCGAGUACGAGCACGCCCAGACGACGCAUCCUCGUCCACCUCCACCUAGCUUAAGCAGCAAAGGGUCUCCCUCCGUGCCAAGCAGCCCGCACACAAGCAAGAAGACCAAGUCAACACAUGCCCCGUCACCAGUGCCUACACAGGAAAGCGGGAAGAACCCGAGUAAGAGUGGAUAUCAGUACUCGAUCUGCACCCUAUGCGGUCGAAGGCACCCCGGAGAAUGUUGGUUUACUCAGGGCUUAUGCCUAGGAUGUGGUCAGGCCGGGCAUUUUCGUAGGGACUGCCCAACGAACCCUGGCGAGGCAUUUACGGCAGAACCCGAAGCUCCAGUCCCAGCCGCCCAGCCCGCUCAGAGCCAAAGAUCGGUAGCAGUGUCAAGCCAGCCCAAUAGGCCGACGCUGAGCGCUCAGUCUGGAGAGGCUUCAGCUCGCACAAACGCAAAGCGCGGACGCACUGAGUAGUUCGCACAUGACGUAAUCAUGGUGAUCAAUGACUAGGUAAAUUUCGAGGACGAAAUGUUUUUUAAGGGGUGGAUAAUUGUAACGCCCUACAACUCGGUCUAUUAGAAUUGAUUAUUUUAAAUAAUUAAUUACUCUUCCGGUCCAGAGUUGGGGAAAAUAAAAAAAAAAUUCUUAGAAAAAUUAUUUGAACACGUCAUUAAGUUUGUUUU